AUGGCUGCUUCGUAAUUCUGCCAGCAGAAGCUAAUAAAAAAUUCUGAACUGAACUCUGAAACGGGAACCCUAGAACUUGUGUUUUUGUCGGAAUCGGUAAACAUUGUCUCUGGUUUUUGGUUUUGAGACGCCGAGGAAUGUCGACGGACCUGCAAUUGAAGUCGAGUUGUAGCGGAUGCGGAUCAACCACCGACCUCUAUGGAAGCAAUUGCAAGCACAUGACUCUGUGCCUGAGCUGCGGCAAAACUAUGGCAGAGAACCGCGCCAAAUGCUUCGAUUGUGGCGCCGUCCUCACUCGAUUGAUUCGAGAGUAUAACGUUCGUGCAAGUUCUGCCAAUGACAAAAACUACUUUAUUGGAAGAUUCGUGUCUGGUUUGCCUGAUUUUUCGAAGAAGAAAAGUGCUGAGAAUAAGUGGUGUCUGCAGAAGGAUGGACUUCACGGACGCCAAAUUACUGAUGCUUUGCGGGAGAAAUACAAGAACAAGCCUUGGCUCUUGGAGGACGAAACAGGUCAGUCCCAGUUCCAGGGUCAUCUAGAAGGUUCACAAUCGGCUACAUAUUACCUGCUGAUGAAGGAAAAGAAGGAGUUUGUUGCCAUUCCUUCUGGUUCUUGGUAUAACUUUAACAAGGUAGCCCAAUAUAAGCAAUUGACUUUGGAGGAAGCAGAAGAGAAGAUGAGGAAUAGAAAGAAAACUGCAGAUGGAUAUCAAAGAUGGAUGAUGAAAGCAGCAAAUAAUGGGCCUGCUGCAUUUGGUGAACAUGGGAAGCUUGAUGAGAAGGAAAGCAACCCAGGUGGUGGGAGAAGCAGCCGAAAAAAAACUGGUGAGGAUGAAGAAGGUCAUGUAUCUGAUAAAGGAGAGGAGGAUGAAGAGGAGGAAGCAGACAGGAAGAAUAGACUUGGACUAAAUAAAAGAAGUGGUGAUGAUGAUGAAGAAGGGCCAAGGGGAGGGGACCAUGAUUUAGAUGAUGAUGAUGUUGAGAAGGGUGAUGAUUGGGAGCAUGAAGAGAUUUUCACCGAUGAUGAUGAAGCUGUUGGCAAUGAUCCUGAGGAAAGGGAGGAUUUGGCUCCUGAAGUUCCUGCUCCUCCUGAAAUCAAGCAGGAUGAGGAGGAGGAGGAGGAUGAAGAUAAUGAAGAGGGGGGAGGUCUGAGUAAAUCUGGGAAAGAGCUGAAGAAGCUGCUUGGGAGAGCUAGUGGUAUGAAUGAAUCUGAAGUAGAGGACGAUGAUGACGAUGAUGAUGAAAUGGAUGAUGAGGCUGGUGUUCCUCCUGUGAAUGCUACGAAGCAGAAGGAUGCCCCUAAGGAAGAACCUGUUGACAACAGCCCAUCAAAACCAACAACAGGACCUGCUCGUGGAACACCUUCUUCUUCAAAGACUUCAAAGGGGAAGAGAAAAUUAAAUGAAGAAGCAAAACAAUCUAAUGGUGCACCACCAAAGAAGGUGAAGGCAGAAAAUGAACCAAAAUUGGCUGCCAAAGAUGUAAAUGGUUCUGCAUCUAAAAGUAGUGCACCUCCAAAAGGUACACCUCCAUCAUCAUCUAAGGCUGGGUCUUCCACCACAGCUUCUGGACCUGUGAGUGAGGAUGAAAUUAGGGCUGUUUUAAUUCAGAAGACUCCUGUAACCACACAGGAUCUUGUUGCUAAAUUUAAGGCAAGACUACGAUCUUCAGAGGAUAAGCAAGCAUUUGCUGAGAUUCUUAAGAGAAUAUCUAAGAUACAGAAGACUACAAAUGGAUCCAGUUAUGUUAUCCUGCGAGAUAAGUGACAAUGUAUGCCGCUAUGAUUGGUUCUGACGGAGGAUGCCAGCAUUAAAUUUAAAUGAAGUUAAUAUAUAAAUAUAUAUUUUCACAUUUUGGGUACCAUCUUCGAGAUGCUACGACUAUUGAUUUAGUAAGCUAGUGUCCUUUAUGACUUGUAUAACAAAUCUUAAUCAUGGUCACAAGAGUGAAAUGAAAAUUAUAAAGGUUUUAU